AUGUGACAGGUUACUAGCGCUGUCAGAUCGCCGCUCGUUCAUUUGACGAAAAUCUCCGCGUCAGCUCAUCUCGCCUCGAACGCAAGUAUGUCGAAUCUCUACCCCUCACUAGAAGACAUGACCGUCGACAAGAUGGUUCAAGCUCAGGCUCACGCAGCAGCUCAAGCCCAACAACCGGCAGUAGCGGCUGCUCCUGGCGCGCACUCUUACACCGUGUCAGCGCCCGGUGUGACCGUCACGACAAGUCAGAGUCUCUAUCCAUCACUCAACGAGUUCAUGGGACUGGAAAUUACCGAUGAGGUCGUGCGCACUCAAAUGCCCGUCGUUUUGCAACAACCAGCCGGUCAGGUGGUGGCCGCUAGUGGAGCUACAGGUGCGAACCGAAUGGUGGCGCCGAUUAGCGGGACACGCGAAGUCGGAAUGCUGCGAUCGGAGAUCCGACAAGGAGUGAGAGAGGUCGUGUUGUGCAAGGCGGCCAAUGGGAAAAUCGGAAUGGCCGUGAAGUCAGUGAGCAAGGGUGUCUUUGUGGCAUUUGUUUAUAAAGGAUCUCCGGCUGCGAUGGCUGGUCUUCGGUUUGGUGACCAGAUUCUGCAACUCAACGGCAUCACGGUUGCCGGUUAUGAUGCUGAUAAGGUGAAUAGCCUUAUCAAAAAGGCGGACCCGCAGCGGAUUGUGAUGGCUGUGCGUGAUCGUCCAUUCGAGCGCACGAUUACAAUGCAGAAAGACAGCGUGGGACACAUCGGGUUUGCAUUCAAGGACGGAGAAGUCAAGCAGAUCAUUAAGGACUCGUCUGCUGCGAGAAAUGGAAUUUUGAUUGAUCACCACCUCGUUGAAGUGAACGGGCAGAACUGCGUCGGUUUGAAAGACAAGGAAGUCCACGCUUUGUUUGAUGCGGGACCGCGAACAAUCACCAUCACCAUCAUGCCGACAUUCGUAUACAAACACAUGAUCCAGAAGAUGGGCAGCUUGAAGAAAUACAUGGAUCAUUCAGUGCCAGAGCUGUGAAAUGGAACAGACGAAUACAGUUGAUUUGCAGACUCACUGCUAAUGGUUUCUAUUGCAUUUUGAUGUCUACUUAGCUGUAAAUUAGGAGUUGUUUGUGCCAGGAGGCUAGAAUUUUUGGCAAUAAAUCGCCACAGUUAGAUGUCUA